AUGGCUUCUCUCACAAUUCAUCUCGAUAACCAUCAGAUUAUAUUAACGGAGCAAUCGACAUGCAUGAUAUCAGGGUCGCUGCGGAUCCACGCCGAUCAUCUUCACGGUCGUCCCUGCCAUGCCAAACUUCAACUACUCGGUCAGGAACGUGUACGGAACGACAUUCACAGUUUACUGGAUACCACAUACACAGUUGCCCGAAAUAGCACGGAUUUCAUUCAAGAGCCAAACGGCGUUUUCAUUCUUCCCUUCUCAUUUCAUAUUGCAUCGGAUCUGCCGGUCUCGUUUCAGAGCACCAUUUACGACACCCUCGCCUACAUAGAUUAUACAUUAACAGCCACCGUACGCUUGGCACGCCAAGAAACUUUAAGGGCCAUUCAAAACUUGGAAUUAUACAACUCAUUCUAUCCCGCACCACCGUUUCGAUUAUAUUGGGGCACGUCGAAACAGUGGCCAAAGUGGCGUUACGAAGUCGAAGUCCCUCACACCAUUGCUUAUCCGCAACGAGCUAUGUUAAAUGUUCGUGUGUUAUCCCCCUCAUCCAUGAAACGAUCCUCACCCUUUCGUAAUAAUCAUCACCUCGAAACAUGUCUUAUUGGGUGUCAACUGUUUGAAUCGAUACGAAUAGGACAAGAAAAAGAGUAUGAACAGCGGCCGCUCAUGACGUUUACACACAUGCUUACUUGGCCUUCCCAUUCAUGGUCAUUUCCGUGUCAAUUGCCGCUGGAAUUCGAGGAACCACCCAAACCCAACUUGUCGACUCGUUUGAUGGAGGUAGUACAUCGUCUGCGUGUCACCAUCAUUUUCUCCAAUCCUCUUGGUGUGACGGAUCAAGUGCAGAUGGAAUUCCCCAUCAUUGUGCUUUCUGUUGCUUCAACUACUCGAUCUCGAUCCAAUACAGCCAACAGCGAUCACGAUAGUGCCUUGAGUUUAACAAAUUCAUGCUAUUCAGACUCCAUCUCCGACAAAGAACCUUCUCAUGCGACAUAA